AUGGCAGAAAACAAAGCCGUUUUAAUUUUGAGUCAUAAGGACUUUAAAGCAGAUGGCACUGUUGCUACGUUUGUAGUUAUUGCAUUGAAGGUAAACUUGUUUAAAAUUAAGGUGUGUAAAUUCUUUUCUUAAAAAGACUGACUGAAAUUGAUCGGGUAUUAUUUGAUGGCAUUAUUGCACUGUCGACUAGUUAACAGUGUGCGUGUUGUUUAAUCAAAGUAGUAUUGUCAGACACUUAAAAUACCACUUUCCAUCUUUUUAAAGCAUUUCAGCUGACGGGUUCAGACUUGUCCCUCCAGGAGGGGUUGAUCCGGAGACAAGCAGAGAUGCACUGGGCACAAGUGAAAGAUGCAUAUGAUAAAGGUUUCUUCCAUCUACCAGGUCAACACAAAACCCAGUCAGACAUCUUGCUGCAAGAGAAGUUCAGUAUAACACCAACUGUUAAAUCACCAGUGGAAAAUAGCGAAGAAUUAACUGACAAGGCUAAUAGCUUAUCGGCCAUACGGGUACGUGAGCAAAUGUCAAACGACGUCUCGGCAGAUGGGAAACCUCCAGAUCUUGAAACAGGAAGUCGAGCUCUCUUUAGGGAACCGAAUCGCUUCACUCUACCCCCCCUUCGCUCUUUGUCUACUGGGAAUCGUAUGACAUCUCUUCAGGAUAACCUGACGAGCCAUGCGCAAACUUGUCCUACGCUGACCUCCAGUAUGGCUGUUACCAUGCAAGCUGCACUGCUUCCAAUAAGCGCCACUCUACAGACACACGGCAGCUGCCUGGAAAUAAUCAGGAUCAAGACUGAGGAGAGGGCAACGGUGAGCAGACAAGGAGUAGUUCUCCCUUCCAUAACCCGGCAGAAGAAAAGGGUGUGAUGUGUAGUGUUUGCGAGUAAACGUUCCCGUGACUUCUAAAGUAACGGUUGUAGCGAACUGACUAGUUCAAUAAAGUUGACAAGUGACUUUUCAAAGUCACUUGUCAAUGAACUUAAAAGUUCUUGAUAAAUGUCAUAACAGCCCAACCAGAAAGCGAGUAUAGUACAAUGGCUCAGUAAGUUAGAAAUUAAUCCAGUCGACGUUUAAAUUCCUGAAUUGCCACCCUGUGCAAGCGAGGGUUAUGCAGAUUUAUCCUUCAACUCACAGAGACAGUUAUGUUCUAGACAUUAGUAUCUGUAUUUGAACUUUUCCUCCAUUUUUUUAUUAAUUAUAACAAUUUUAUAACAAGGUAAGAAAUAAAUGGAAAAGGGUGAGACAUACCGUAAUCGUGUGUAAGCUAAUUAUAGCAAUAUCAUUCCGGUAAGACCAUCAAGAGACGGAUGUCCUAUCCUCUCCAAGUAACAUCCAACAAGUGUUGGACAAGGUCAUAGCUUUUAUAUUUAUUCCAUGGGCUGAUCCAGGUAUUUUAGUUCAGAGGGCUUCAACUUGUACUCCCAGGUAAAGCCAAUCAUUUUAAUCCUUCCACGCCGUUGCACAUUGAUCUGUACUACGUAGACCUAUGCCGUCAUGAUACGCCCAGUUAUGUGACAUUCUACUCGUUACGAAACGAGCUUUGAAGCAAUCGUCUCUUCUCUUAAGGGGUAAAAUAACUUUUUUCAAUAUUAAACUUCAUAGUUUAAAAGCAACAGGAAACGCACGUUCUAUUUUUAGGCUACGGGAUGAAAGCCGUAAGCGACCGUCAGGGGUUAUCUUAUAAUUUUAUAGCAGUAAGCUAAGUACUUUGAAACGUCUUCGGUCCCUCCGACCCUCCCCUUGGAGAACUGGAUUCAGGGGCCAGACGCAUAAAUCUAACGUCAGACGGAACUGCCUUUGUCUGGCGUUAAAAUAAAGAGUUUGAAUGGGCCGGACGUCAGAUGGAACUGCUGACGUCUGGCGUUAAAAUAAAGGGUUUGAAUGGGCUGAACGUCAGACGGAGUGCUGACUUCCGGCGUUAAAAUAAAGAGUUUGAGUGGGCUGAAUGUCGGGAACUGCUAACGUCUGGCGUUAAAAUGAAGAGUUUGACUAAGAUGAUGAUGUCGCUGGUAACGUGUUAAAACAAACAGUUUGGAUGGGAUGAACGUCAGAUGUUUGCUGUUAAUUACGUGAGACGUUAAAAUUUAUGCAUUAAAGGCGUACUUCGAGUAAGGUAACUAUGUUGCUUAGAUACAGAAGACAUGGAGGCAUGUAAUGUCAUAGCUGUUACUUUUGUCUCCAGUGUGGAUGAAUUUGUAUGAAGUGAUCGCGCAUUCAAGUGAAGCUUUUUCUGCAGUGGAGGACAAAAGUGUUGGGACCCGUUUCCUAGUAAUAUUAGUAAAAUUGGCGACCUCACCCCUCCUACCCAAACAAAAAUAACUUUUGAGCAAAGUGGAUAUUUGGGGCGCAACAUUGCUGGGGGAGUUGAAGACGGAAGGGAUGAACCCAGCGCCGAUCAAAAAAUUGUCAUUAGGAGCACAGUCGUAAGUAACAAUUAUCAGGGAACGAUUUUUCCAGCUGUCCAAAGUUCUUUUGUCUUCCAUUAUAUACAGUGGGUUUCACACGACACCAUUAUUUAGGAUUUUACAAAAUGACAUGUCUUGAACUCUGAUUUUGGCAACUAGAGGAAAAGCUGAGAUGAAAAAUAGACUGCUCCGUCAAGAUAUAAAAGCUAAGUGGGUAAGGGGUGUACGACUUAAAGUGAUAUUACCUGUUUAAUAAGGAUUUUUUUUUUAUUUGCGAUGUUUUAAAUUUGUCAUAAACAUAAUUGUUGUUUACAUUGUCGUGAUCCUACGUUUUGAGACCCUUAACUACCUUAUGGUUUCAUUUGCGAGCGAUUUGUCAGGGUCUGAUUUUACAGCCCCAAUAAUACCACUCAGCCCAGUACUUGUCUAAUUUUCGAGUAGUAAAUUGCUUGAAUAAAUAGUAAUAUUUAGUAGUAAUGUAGUAAUUAUAGUUUAUUAAAACUCUCUUGCAGUACAAGAAACUGAAUUAACGAGUUAUAAUAAAUUGCAAAAUACUACAAUAAAAAAAAUCGAUCAUAAUAAAAAUUAAUCAUACUAGUUAAAAUAUCGAAAUGUAGAAAUGUUAUCUGCCCUCUUUGUCCUACCGGUAAUAGACUCAAUAAACAAAUAGAACCUGUCUGCGUUCUUCUUUAGAUUGUACUUGGGCUGAUUAAAGAGUGGCCUUGGCAAUAAGAAGUGUAAAGAAUGGUCUUUAGACUUCAUCUUAUCCAUGUACUUAAUACAAAGGUCAUCUCAUCCGGUUCUCUUUUAGUCUGCUACACAGCCGUUUUUAGUGUCGUCAAGCAAUGCUCCUCCCCACAUUAUAGUGGGGAGGAGCGUUGCGUGACAACUCUAAAAACGGCUGCGUGGCAGACUAGUUCUCUUUAGACUUGGUAUGUUUACUAAUUGCAAGGCCUCCUUAUAGGACUCAGUUUCAGGGUAAGUAAUCCUCAAAGCCCCUUCUUUGGACUCCCUCGAUGACAUCGGAUAAAUAGUCCGGAAUAGCCUGCCAUACAGGGAGAGCAUGCUAAUACAGGUCUUCCCGCAUUUAGAUAAACGUUAAGAAUGUCAUCUUGGGCCACACCAGCCCUACAUAAUAUCCUAAGAGAGAUAGAAGAUAUUACACGGUGGCGCGAAAAUAUGAAUUUUCUUUUCGAGUGGCUUUAGGAUCGAGCGUAGCGAGUGAGUGAAAUAUUGUUUUUGCCACGAAAAAAUAAAAUUCAUAUCUUCAAGCCGCCUUGUAAUGUUCUUUUCAUUACCUGGAUUAAAAGACAUGUCAGACAUCGCCAUUUAAUUUCUUCAUAAUAAAGAAACUGACGUACCAUUUACCAUGAAUUCAAAGACGUGUGGCAGUUGUAAGGAGCAGGGGAAAGGGGUUGGAGGAACUGUAAAACUGAGUUUAAAAACAACAAAGCUUCAUUUCUCAAGGGCCCACUUUAAUAACAACAGAGUGAGGCUCCAAUGAAUUUACGCAAUUUCCUCUUCAGUAAACUCUUGACGAAUCUUUUGCUCGCCAUUUUCAUUCAGGCAAUGUUUGGCGGCGUUUGUAAGACGCCUACAAAUUUCGGAGGGAAUUACCGAAAUUGCGUCAUCGAUAAACUCACGUGUCAGAUUUUGGAAACCAAAACUUCGACGUUUGGCUUAGGCUUAAGUUUGCAUUUUUUCAGAUGGUUGAUUUUAAGCAUCUUCUCCUUUUUCGCCGUAUAAAAUCGUCCAAGCGACUUCUUGACAUAUUGUUUUUAUUAAUGAUAUGAAUAAAAUAAUAAUUAAAGAACAUGAUAUUUUCACGGAAUAAGUGGUGUUGAAAUUCAAGAGGAAGAAUAUUUAUCAUGGAUUGUUUGAGGAUUAAUGAAUGCCCUGACACCUCUUUAUCGGUACUUGAAAUGUGUGGAAACCUAAUACAUACCAAAUCGUUUUAGGCUAUCCAGAGUAGGAUCUCUAACCGGCGCUAUAAAAUUUGUUUCUGUUCGGUCAUCCUAGGGGAACUUGAGGCUUUUCGAAAUUGCAAGGGGUUCAGUGUUAUUUUUCCGAAAAUUCUUGACGCAAGAUUUUGAACUUUUUCAGUGAGAAUUUUUCUUAUUCCUCCCUCCAUCACAUUUUUUAAUCCGAAAAUUUUAGGUUUCCUUUCCUACGAAAAGUAGCCUAACAUGAGGAAUAAAAUACGAAAAAUUAUUUUUUUAGAUAAGCUUCGAAAAAUGUACCUGAAUGGAGCGUUCAUCAAGACAUUUUUAGCCGUAUUCAAGCGAUAUAAAAUGCUAGGAAGACAAUAUUUGCUUCUCCGAACAGUUUGUUUUACAGAAAAUAGUCGUUGGGUACCCUUGUAAUAUUCACCAUGAUAUUUUCUUUUUGUCAAUUUAAGAAAACCUCACCCUAAGCAAGGAAUUUAUGAAAUAUGUUCGAAGACUAGUUUAUGUAAAAUCCUAACACAGCUAACAAAUUAAUUAGUUAAUAAGAGAAAAGUAAUGCAUAAGACGCUCUUUCAAUUGCAACGGUGCGUUGGCUAAACACAAAGGGCCGUUGUAAAUUUCAUAAAACAAUACUUAAUAAUGUAAAGGAAAGGGAAAGCCCCUCCCUAAAGAAGCUACCUUUUCAUUGUUUAACCCGGUAAACACUUCCUGUAAUAUAAGCAGCAAAAAACCGCAAAUGCUGAUUAAUACAUAGGUGAAGGAUGAAUCAUAGAUUAUUAUGCAGAAGACUGGUUUUGUUCGAGAUCAUAGCGAAGCAGUGUCGGUUUGCGGUGCAAGGCUGCGGGUUGGAGACUCCGGUGCAGAUCUUACAAAACCGUGACGAAUUCUUUACAAGUGGGUCGGACCUACCCAGGUAAUCUUACGAGCUCCGGCAGAUUAAAUUUGAGUACCAAAUGUAAUAAUUAGAUCCGGCCCAUGAAAAGUUGGAGCCUUAGUCAGUCAAUCGUGAGGCACGUUUAUCCUGUUAUGACAACUAUGUCCUCAUUAUUGGUUAAAUAGAGAUAUAAGUAAAAUAGUGCUCGUCAAUAUCAAUGCGGUCGUAUUUUUCAUCACGGCAGGAAAUUGAUCUUUUCUUAUCGCCGUCAAGAGUAUUUUUGAGGACCCCAUACUUCGUCUGGUUGACUAAUAGGUUACGGCGUUUAUUUUUGAGAACCAAGAAUUUAUCAGGUGCAAUACUAGUCUCGCCUUGCGGAAGUUCCGUUUUAGUCACCGGUUUUAAUACGAAGUGUGAAAAUUCAAUUUUCUUUUAAGUGAAAUAGAGUGAAGAGUACGAUUUGGGAUUCUACAGAUUAUUUGGAUAGUUUCUUGAGUAUAUCACCCUUCAACUCCUGUUGUCAUCAGGCUCGUGCCUAAAGGCUGAUUUAUCAAUAUAUCCGACAAUAAAAAUAAACAUAUUAUCGUGAAAUGGUUAUUUGGUGACGAAUUUGGGCUCGAGAAAUUAUACCUGUUCGUUUGAUUGCGAAAAGGCGUGUAUAUAAUAACAACAUUUUAACUGUUCUAUUUUCCAUCAAUGGAAUGCUAGUAACUGUAUAUAUUAGUAGUGAUAGACUUGGCACGCCUCACUGUCGGCAACCUGAGGGGUGUAAGUCGCAGUUGUUAUUGUAAUUUAUAUUUUGUUACUGUGGUAACUGAGUAGAGUGGCCCUAGUAGAAGUUGCUGAUAAAGCAAAUUCUGGUGAAUUGGUCUUCCGUGGUCGGUUUUUAACAGCUUGAUAUUGUAAUUUUUCAACAGGGUUGUUUCGAGAGAACAAUAGAUGUUCUAGAGUCUAUUCCCUUCAAUUAUAACUGUGAUUUCUUAAAAAAAAAAAGAUGAAAUUUGUUUCGCUACAUUUCAGCGUCUGAUACAUUGCUUAAACCUUACAGGAACACACGGUUAAAUUCUUUUAACCUUUCUAAAGCGCCGAAUUAGUACCCCAGGCGCCAGAGGAGUAUAUGUUUUAAAAUAUGUUAUGGGAGCGUGGAACGAACGCAUUCUUCAAGUUAGCUCACGAAAAGAGAAUUGUCUGUGCUUCUUAAGGAUACUUUCUAAAAUGCUUACUGAAGUUUAUCUUGUGAACUCGCGGAUAAGUACAUCAGUAUAUGCCACUAAGCUUUUUGUAUAGGUUACGGAAGGAGAUGAAGAAAAAACCUGUCUUUUUCUUCGCCAGGAUCGUUCAGUGCCUGAUAUCUGUGAUAUGGCCGGAACCGGAUUGCCAAUCAGACCUCCCUCCGUUUGCGCACUGCUUCCACAAGAACUCUCAUACGAGACAGUUGAAGUUGACAAAAUUUACAUCCCAACGAACGCAUUGCUGAUCGCCGAAAACGAGUUGAUAUUUCUCGCAAUCGCGAGCAUUUUGAAAGAUCUGAAGGCCGUGUUGAUAAGAGGGGCUGGGUACGUUUACUUUGGAAGAAUUAAUUCCCGCCUUGUGUUUUUACUCAAAGCUAGAGGCGAGCCAUUUGCAGUUAUCCAGGCCGUCAAAUCACUGAAACCCAAAGCUGGAAUCUUUCUCGGGUUCGGGAAAUGUCCUCAUAACAGGCCGUACGAGAUCGGGGACGUGAUUGUGGCAGAAGCGAUAGCUCGAAAGAACCCCAAACUUGGAAAACUUGAAAGCCUAGCGUGUAGUGAAUGUUUGAUCAACGUGUUCGAAAAUGGCAAAUAUGGAUGGAAACCGCCCAAGUACCGCAAGCAAGCUGUCCAUGUUGGCAAAGUAUUUCAGAUGGGAGAUUUCACAAAGAAUGAGAGAGCUACCGCAGUAGCUGUGAGAACUUCAAGCUUAGGUGGGUAGUAGUGCUCAUAAACUUAGACUUCAAUGAGGCUGAAAGAUUUUGGUGAAAUUUCGCGUCUCUGUCGUCUCUUUUUCUUGCAAAAAAAACAUUCUUUUUAUUGGUUUUUAUAAAGAAAUUGUUAACCAAAUCAAAAGGAAACGUGAAAUUAACCUAAAAGUGCUGCAUCUUAUAAAGUUGACAUGUUCUUUUCGCAGAUAUACUUGAAUGCUGCAAAGUCCUGGGUAAAGAAUGGAUCUCAAUUGUAGGCGUGAUUGGCACUCAGCGUUACCAUGGAAACACUUCUUGGGAGCAAUACGUAGCAGUGGUCUUGAGCUCACUGGUGAAUAAGGUGCUACAGGAUGACCAAGUGUUUGCAAUCUUAGGAGGAGACGGUGGGGAGCCCAGACGAAACAGUCCCCUCCCUGGAAACCCUCUGCAAGAAACAGUUUCUCUUAAAAGUAAGCUGGGAUUAUAAAUUGCAAGUGGGUGCCAGCUUAACCUCUUUCCCAGGACUUCGUCUAAGAGGGGAGUCUCUGGGGACAAUACCUUGGCGGAUCUAGGGGAAGCCCCCACCCAGGGCAAAAAAAUUUUUUCUUGGUGUUUGUAUGGUCAUGCAAAUAAAGCUCGUCGUUGACCGUCCCUACCCCUCCCCCCCUUAUCUGAAUGUUUGGAUCCACCACUGCAAUAUGGGUAUUUGCAGCUGAUUUUCAAGCAAGGAUACGUGUAAAACUUGCUUUCCUAUCAGCUGUAAUUGGAUCGACAAUAGCGUCCCCCUGAAACUAAGGCCUUUCUCCUUUAAGGCUUUGAAAUUUUAGCAGACUUCUAUGAUAAUAAAUGACAGAAGCUCAUUCCGUUUUUGAGUCAUAAUGACUUUUAAACAAGUGGCCCCGCGAAUUCUUUAUUUUUUUUUUUUUUCGGAGAACUGAUUGAAAUUGAUGAGGUGUAAUUUGAUGGCGUUCUAAUUCUACUCAGUCGAAUAGCUAACGGAGUGUUUGUUGAUCUAUUGAUUCACAAGAAAUACUGCCAGGCACUUUAAAUACCUUUUUCUAUCUUUUACAGGAUAUCAGCUGACUGGUUCAGACAUUUCUCUCCAGGAGGAAUUAAUCAGGAGACAAGCAGAGAUGCACUGGGCACAAGUGAAAGAUGCAUAUGAUAAAGGUUUCUUCCAUCUGCCAGGUCAACACAAAAAUCAGCAAGACACCUCACUGCAUGAGGAGUUCAAUAUAACACCAUGUCUUAAAUCUCCAGUGGAAAACAGUGAAGAGACGUCUGACAAGAAUAAUAUGUCCCUGGCCAUAUGUAAGCGACAAGCAUGGAACGAAGUCCCGCUGUCAACUGGGAAACCUUCAUAUCUUGAAACAGGAAGUCAAGCACUCUUUAGGGAACCGAACCGCUUCACUCUACCACCCCUCCGCUCUUUGUCUGCUGGGAAUCGCAGGACACCUCUCGAGGAUAACCUGACGAGCCAUGCACAAAUGUUUCCUACGCUGACUUCUAGUAUGGCUGUUACCAUGCAAGCUGCGCUGCUUCCUCUAGGCGCCACCCUACAGACGCACGGCAGCUGCCUUGAAAUAAUUAGAAUCAAGACUGAGGAGAGGGCAACAGUGAGCAGACAAGGAGCAGUUCUCCCUCCCAUAACACGCCGACAGAAGAAAAGAGCGUGAAAUUUGCAAGUUGAAUGUUCCCGAGUUUUCUAAUGGUUUUAGCGAACUGUCUAAAUUGUUCAGUGAAUACCAUAACAGGCCAGCCACAAAAGGGUAGUGGAUAUAAUGUAUCACUUAGUUAAAAAUUAAUACAGUCGUUUUAAUUUGUUAAUCGUUGCCAUACCCUUACAGGAGUUAUCCUGAUUUAUCGUUUAAUUAGUGAGUGAGUUAUGAUUAGUAUUUGCGCUGGGGGUGGCUUGUCUUGCUCCCCGGCCACCCCCCACUUUUCGAACGAAAUAACAAAAACUUAUUCCUAGAGGGUAUAUUUGCGCCUGUAAACUACCAGCGAUUUCAUAUGUAUUUCAUGCGUGGGAAUGACCUAUCGAGACGUAGAGCUGAGCCGGUUAAAGUUUUAUACACUUUGUUAUGCAACCUUGAAAUAUUGCUUUCAAUAAAAUUGCGGCUUAAGUCGCAGCUUAAAUUAGUUUUAACAUAAGUCACACAAAGGGGCAAAAAAAAAAGACUCCGUGUAACGGGCGUUAACCCGAUUUAAGAGGCUGUCUGCGUAAGAACCGAUAAGGCAAAUUUUGGUCUAUCACGGAUUGUCCUGAUUUUUUCAGUGGAAGAUAACUAUCCUAUCCCAUGAAGAAAUAUCACAUUUAUUUGGACCAACUCAAUUUUUUCUCUAUUUUACAGAAAGAUUUUCUCGGUCACCUAAAACUGGCCAGUUUGCCGUCGGAAGUGGUGCGAUUUUGGUGAAACUUUAGGGCUCUGUCAAACCUGCCUCACAAAGCCGAAUAAGCUGAUUAUUUUACACAUAAAAGUUUUAGCUCUGAUUAAUAGUUUCAAGGUUCAAUGGUUGCAUUCUGUGGAAAGUUGGCUGAGAUAUGAUUUUUUUAAAAUGACCUUUAAUUUGCUUAUCGGGAAAAGUAAUUUGCAUAACUAGAGCUGAACGGUAAUUUCGCAAAAGUGGCACCUGACCCAGACUCAAGUCUAUGAUAAAACAGAAGUACUAAGACCAGUCUACUUCUUAAUGCAAUAAAAUUUGUGGGCACUCCUCUUUGCGUGCUGUACAAAGUUGCGUUAAUGUUCCAACAUUCGCCAUUUUGACAGCAAAGCUGGAAUUGUAACGGUCUGCAUCUGGUCGACUAAUUUCCACAUCUUUAACGUUUCUAGUUAUCACUAACUGUCAUUAGACCCUUUAAAUGUUGGACUUUCGAAAACAUGUGAAGAAAACUUGGUAAUCGCUUUUUCUUGUUUUUUUUUCUUGUCGACGAUGAACGUGACUUCAUUCUCCGUAUGCAAAUUAGCCUUAGAUGC